AUGAGUGAUUACAAUAUCACAGGUCCUGAUGUGCUAUCGUUCAGAGAUGGAAAUAGAACGUUACCACUAGUCAUAAUGGGUUCUAUAGCAAUAGGAUCCAUGUUAGUUCAUUUAACAAUAACGUUUAUAUUGAAAAGAGUUGCAGCCAAAACAGGCUGGACAUUUGAUGAAGAAGUGGUUAAGCACUGUGCUAAACCCAGUUUCAUCACCUUUCCCAUUGGAACUAUUCUUAUCACACUACCAUUUGUUUCUAAUGUUGAUCUGGCUAUAUUAUACCCAAUUCGACAUGCAUUGGCAAUCGUUUUGAUAAUUUUUGUAACUUGGACAGUAGUUGGGUUUGCCAAAGCUGUGUCAAUAACAAUAUCAAAAAAUAAUGAUUUCAUAAAAUCGUCACAUGAGUUACAAGCUCGUAAAUUACAAACUCAAUUAACGGUGUGUACCAGGAUAGCGUAUAUAGUCAUUUUCUUGAUCGGUGCAUCUUGUAUUCUAUUGACGUUUCCUAAAGCUUGGGAAAUUGGAGUUGGUAUCUUGGCUAGUGCUAGUGUAACGGCCAUUUUUGUUGGUUUUGCUGCAAAACCAUCAAUUGAGAAUUUAAUUGCUUCUUUACAAAUAGCUUUAACUCAACCACUUUUACUUGAUGAUUACGUUUCGUUUGGCGAUUGUGAAGGCAUUGUUGAGGAAAUUCAAGCACAAUUUAUAGUUGUUAGAACUGGAGAUGACAAGAGGUUAAUAAUUCCACUUAUUCGUAUAAUAAACGAAACUUUUGAAAAUUGGUCAAAAACCAGUCAAAAUAUUACCGCUACAUUUGAAUUAUACGUGGAUUAUGGCGUUCCAUUGAAUGAUCUGAGGCAACAGUUUAUGAUGUUUGUUCAAAAACAUGAAUGUUGGGAUCACAGAGAUGCUAGUCUAAAAAUUAGCAAAGCCGGAGAAAAUUUUUUAGUGCUAAAGGCAGCAAUGACCACAUCUAAUGUCAGAAAUUUAUUUAAAAUACAAAAUGAUAUUCGUGAACAAUUGAUUGAAUAUUUAGUGGUCACACAUCCACAUUUUCUUCCAAGGAUGAAAUAUGAAAAUUUACAAUCAAGAGUUGGAGUCGAUAGCAUGAAAAAAAUUGUUACAAAAAUGGAGGAUCCAGAAUUAGAUUCUUCUAAAGACAUUGAAAAAUUACAUUUUCUAAAAAAAAAAUCUUAA